AUGGCGCAAGGCCCCGCAGGAAACGACCUAAACUGCGUAUACUUGAAAUUCAAAUUCAACGGCACUACCGACGGGGGCGAACGCGCAGUCUUCAAACUCGAAGAGAAUGUAAAGCGACACAAGAAAACACAAGUCAACAAUGAGGACAUGAACCUCUAUGAUUAUCUCAGCUUUCUGAUAAAGCGGGAGUUCGAGCCCUACACCCUACCGCCCCCCGAGAAGAGCAAAUCCUCGCCGCCGCACACGCUACAAGUAGGAGAGGAGCUCCAUGAUACAGAACUGUUCGGGUUCGAGGUUGACUACGAGAAACACAUGAUUUCCGUCCUGUGGAAGCCGACGCUAAGUCUCCUCUUCGGCGAGACCGAGUACAACAAGUGGGCAAGAUGGGUCCAGCACCAGCACAGUGGCCUCUACGCACACCUCAGAGGCACGACCGACUUGAAUGAUUCAGAAGUGGAGCCUAGCCUCAUGGAUCUAGAAGAGAUGCCCAGCCUGAUUGAUUCAGAAGGGGAUGAUGCUCAUGAUGCUCUGGCGUCUCUCAAGUCGUCUCUCCUGGCAUUCGAAAUUAAAUCUGCCAAGGCCGAAUUGCUGAAGACAUACAAGUCAGUUCUGCUUACCGCAAGGCGGAUGAGGUUCCGACGGUGCUACAUGAAACUUGCUGGCUAUAAUAGGGACCAGAAAAUUGAGGAAGACAAUAUCAAGCUGGAUCACUGGCUUGAUGAGCACGCGUCGGGUAGCAUACCGGCCCAGCUCGAUGUUGUAUUGGGCAAAGACAGCGCUGAGGAAGGUUACGGUACAUUCUACGAUGGGAUGGGCAUGACAUACAAAGGCAUGAGCGAGAUGGAAGACGAAGGUUGCAGCUAUUGGUGGACCAAGGAUAUGGACUAUGAUGUGAGUGAAUGGGGGAAUGAUGGGGGGAGUAGUGAGGGGUUGGGACGAUGA